CUUAGUCUGUCAUUGCGGACAUGACACUAACGGGUUGCAUUAGCUAGAAAAAUAAUGGCCUCAUCGUAGCAAACUAGCAGUAUGUCGUCCGUACUUCACUUAAUAAUAAAGAAGUCACUAUACCUGAUCAUGUAAGCUCUUAGGUUCAUAUUUUAGUCCGUUACAGUGUAGCUUUGUAACGAUACUCCACCGGGCAGCUCGGCUAGCUAACUGACGUCAACGUCCGACGAGGACAGUGGCAGAAAUGACGGUUAGGAGGUCCAGCCGACAUCCUCGGACAUGUCCAGGUUUCCUCGCUUUUAUUCUGCUUAUUUUGAGUGUGGAGCUGGUGAAAACAUCCUCUGAACACGACCCCUACAAAAUCCUGGGUGUCGGCAGGAGUGCGAGUCAAACAGAAAUCAAAAGGGCAUACAAGAACCUGGCCAAAGAAUGGCAUCCAGACAAGAACAAGGACCCUAAAGCUGAGGAAAUGUUCAUCAAGGUUUCAAAGUCAUACGAGAUUCUGUCUAAUGAGGAGCGAAGGUCCAACUUCGAUCGCUACGGGCAGAUGGACGAAAACCAGCCCUUUGGCCAGUCCCAGCAUCAAGGUUUCCGUGGCUUUCACAACAGCUUCUACUUUGAUGAGUCCUUCUUCCAUUUCCCCAGGUCCAGAGACUUUGCUGACAGCAAGUACCUGCUUCACCAUGCACAGUUUAACAGCGAUGUCCUUCCAGACAGCCACAAGAGGCCGUAUCUAAUCAAAGUGACCUCUGAGUGGUGCUUUGCAUGCAUCCACAUUGAGCCUGUGUGGAAGGAGACAGUGCAGGAACUGGAGCCACUGGGUGUUGGCAUUGGUAUUGUGGACUUGGGUUAUGAGCGUCGCCUGGCCAACCAGCUGGGAGCCCACCGCGCUCCCUCCAUCAUCGGGCUGGUGAAUGGCAGGGUGACCUUCUUCCAUCAGGCUGUGGUACGGGAGCACCUACGACAGUUCAUCGAAAACCUGCUGCCCCAGAGACUAGUGGAAAAGAUCACCGAUGACAACUACCUGGCUUACCUGGAGAACUGGCAUGCGGAAAACAAGCCCAGCGUUGUCUUGUUUGACCAAGUCCCUGUUGUUCCCUUACUGUACAAAUUAACAGCAUUCGCCUUCAGAGACUAUGUGCGCUUUGGCUACGUCGACCAGGGUGACACACACAACACUCGGCUACUGCGGCAGUUCAACAUAAACACAUACGCCCCCACCAUGCUGCUGUUUAAGGAGGAUACAGAGAAGCCUGUUGACAUCAUCCAGGCCAGAGGGAUGAAGCGACAGAUCAUGGAUGAGUUUGUCUCCAACAACAAGUUCCUGCAGGUGCCACGGCUGGUCAACCAGCAGCUUUUUGAUGAGCUGUGUCCUGUCAAGCAAUUCCACCGGCGGAGGAAGUACUGUGUGCUGCUGAUCACAGGGGAGGACCAAGCCUUCCUCCCAGGCAACAAGGCCUUCCUGGACUUCGCGUCAGCUAACAAAAAAGAGGUGCUGCGGUUUGCGUAUGUCUACCAGCGUCAGCAGCAGCCUCUCUGCCUGGCACUGCUCCAUAAUCAGGCAGCACUCUCACCUCAGGUGGUGAUUCUUGAAAGGCGGAGCCAGGCCGGGAAGGUCCUGUACCGCUCUGUGAGUGGUGGCUGGAACGGCAGUGAAGAAGACAAGUACAGGCUUCAUGAACAGCUGGAGCUCCUUCAGAAAGACCCCACCUAUCUGAGCUCAGACACCACCCUGCCAGAACUCAACAACGAGAUGGCCCCUAUGUUUCUUAUCCAAUGGAUGAAUGCUGCCUAUGAUUACAUCCUUCAAAUAUAUGACGACCUUCUCUACUCAAACUGGCGAGAGAUGAUGCCCAUCCUGUCGCUGAUCUUCUCUGCUCUCUUCAUUCUUUUUGGCACUGUCAUCAUUCAGGCCUUCAGUGAGCCAGGUGAGACCAAACCCAGGAAACCAAAACCAAAGGAGCAACCACAAGCUGAGGAAGAUGCAUCAAGUAGAGCUAGUACCUCAAGCCGUCCUCCUAAGAAGGACUUUGUGGAGGUGACAGAGCUGACAGACAUCACGUACACCAGCAACCUGGUCAAACUCAGGCCGGGCCACAUCAACGUGGUCCUGGUGCUCACCAACGCUUCCAAGACUGCUUUGCUCAGGAAAUAUGCCAAGGAGGUUUUUUCUUUCUCUGGCACUCAGACCCUCCACUUCUCCUUCCUCAACGCUGAUAAGCACCGUCACUGGAUGCCAUCCCUCCUUCGCUCAGCCACUGAUGUAAUGCAGAGCGAGGGCCACUCAGACGAGGAUGAGGAGUCCUCGGACUACACUGGCCACGUCCUGGCCCUCAAUGGCCACAAGAAAUACUUUUGCCUCUUCAGACCCGUCUUCACAGGGGACGAUCCCAAUGACUCCUCAUCCGAAACCUCGUACUCAGACAGCAGAAGGAAGUCCCGAUCCAGGUCCAGAUCCAGCUCCCACUCCCGAUCCAGGUCCCAUUCCAGGGAGGAUGGAGCUGUACCCAGGAGAGGCUCUAGCAGGGCCACCAGCAUAGAAGUCCACCACAAGCUUGACAGGCUGGGACUGUGGAUGGAGAGGCUAAUGGAGGGUACCCUACCCAGAUUACGGGUCCCUGCGUGGCCUGCACUUGAAGAAACCAUUAACACCUCCUCCACAGAGAGCUGAGGUCGAAGUAAGAAAGGUACAAAUAGUUGCAGUUCUGCCUCCUGCUUUAGUUCUUUAGCAAGAAACAUGCAAAACAGUUUUCAAAUUAUAAUUUAAGAUCUCUUUAUUACUGUUGGCACGCUGAACUGUUACAGCCUGUUUUGCAGAAUGUUUUGUUUUAUCUGGUAGUGUGUGGAGCAGGUGGAUUAGUUGCUACCAUAAACCUUUAAUAUACACAUUGAGGCAAGGUCUGAGCUGUGAGCUUCAUGUAUUCAGUACAGAGACAGAAAGAGGAAAAAGGGGGAUGGAUCGAUCAGAAAACAUCAAAAGCAGAAGGAGUUUCUCCCUACAUGCUCUUAAAAAUGUUAAUCUGAGCUAUAGCACUUACAUACACAGUCAGACUUCACACACACAGAUGUUGUGUGCUUCUUUAGUUAGCUACUGUACCUUAUAAAGGAGAGUAAUGUUAGCAUGCAAAGUGACUUUUCAUUUCACUCUGUUUUGCUGCUUGCUUUUUACUGCCCCUGUAUAUUACCCACAGGCAGCCAAUAAGCAUUAUGGUGCAAACUUUAAAAAGCAAGCUAUGUGUGUGUGUGUUACAGAUUAACUCCGGUUCUUUGUGUUAUUUCCCUCUCCUUCUAACUCUUGUCUCUGUUCAUGCGUAUGUGAAGUCGUACAGCAUGGAAUAAAUGCUUUUUUUUUUCCUUUUCUUUUCUUUUUUCUCCACUUGCUCUGAGUCCUUCGAACCACCAAGAGCCUCUUGAAUUUUUCUUUGCAUCUGAGCACAUCUUGACAACUGACCGGCCUCUCAUGAGUUUUAUGUUGAGCAUCAUGUCGCUCCAGAUGGAGAAUACUGCUGUAUACUAUCAGCUCUCCACAUUGGUUAAUACACAUACAAGCUUGAAAACUGAGCGAGGUGCACUGAAUUUAUAAAGUAAUUAUUUGUUUUGAUUUGUUUUUUUGUUUUUUUUUACUUUCAGAGCUGAACUUUAUCAUUGACCUCAGUUUGCUUCUAGAGAUUUGACGCAACCAUUUAAAAUCCAGGCAUUAAGCCAUAGACUAAUUUACAGCUUUGUAAGCAGCAAUAAUCAACUCCUUCACAUAAGAUCAUCUGCAGUUUCAGUAUGUUUCAAGAAAUGGUUGAUGAUCAGAAAGGAUUCUUCUGGGUGUUUUUCUGCUCAGACCAUGUUGCCAUGUCUUGCUGCUGGUAAGUGAGCAUUGAAUACUCUACAAGCCAAGUUUGAAUUCUGAUAAUGUUGGAUAUCAUUUCGGGGUGAGUUUUACCCAAAACCUGCCUUUACUUGUCUGAUUUAGCUUACCUUUUUAGGUUCUUGUCACAUGUCUGAAUCAGGGAGAAAUGAUGAAUCAUAUUAUACUGUACCCUUGUAAAGCCUGUGCCCUUAAACCACUGUAAACAAUAAUGCAUGGACUCAGUAGAUCUAAAAUCACUAAUACAUGUUUAGUGAAUUUGCACUGGCAACUUAAAUGUUUCACCCUCUCCAUCUCCUUCUUUUACUAAUGUAAUAAUUUGCUGCUCACCAAAUAACAAUUGCAGUACACUGUAACUUGUAACCUUAUUUUUUCUUGUCUGUCCAUGAGCUUCAUUUGUGUCCAUAUCCAACUGUGAGAAAUGAAGUGUAACUUAUUAAAAGAAACUUCUUUUAA